AUGACAGAGGUGGAGUUUGAACACAGGCUGUUUAAUGCCAAAGCCCAAUACUGGCUUCUGGAAGCUUCUAGAAAGAGGGGCUGGAACUUCGCAUUGAAGACGUUGAGGGGCAGUGUUGCAGGAAAAUGGGAGAGGGAAACAUACCAGGCAAAGGGAACUGCUUGGGCAUGGCUUCGGCAGAGAACGAGAUUCCUUCUCAGGUUUCAGCAGGUCAUAGAGAACAUCUCUUCCACCAGUCCUAGUCUCAAUGGGACAGUCCUGCCCAUGUUGCUGGCCUGUGGCCCAUCCUUCCACCAGAAGUGUUUAGAAGGCUUUAGUCUCCUCGCAGCUGUUCAAGAGACCAGUGCGGUGCAAUCGGUUGCUCACAUCACCCUUGGCUUUCAGUCCUCAGAGUACAGCAAGUGGAAGUUCACCAACAGCCCCACGUUCCUGGAGUUGCUGGAGGAGUUCCCAUCCCUGCAGGUGUCUGCUGGCUUCCUGCUCUCCCUGCUCCCCAUUCUGAAGCCCAGGUUUUACUCCAUCAGCUCCUCCCAGGAUCACACGCCCACAGCGAUCCACCUGACUGUGGCCGUGCUCAUGUACCACACUCGAGAUGGCCAGGGUCCCCUGCACCACGGCGUCUGCAGCACAUGGCUCAACAUGAAGCCCCAAGACCAAGUGUCCUGCUUUGUGCGGAAUGCCAGCGGCUUCCGGCUCCCCGAGGACCCCUCCCAUCCUUGUGUCCUCAUCGGGCCUGGCACAGGCAUCGCUCCCUUCCUCAGUUUCUGGCAGCAGCGGCUCCAUGACUCCCAGCAAAAGGGAGUGCAGGGAGGCCGCAUGACCCCGGUGUUCGAGUGCCGCAGCCCAAAUGAGGACCACAUCUACCAGGAGGAGAUGCUGGAGAUGGCCCGGAAGGGGGUGCUGCCUGCGGUGCCCACAGCCUGUUCCUGCCUGCCUGGCAAGCCCAAGGUCUGUGUUCAGGACAUCCUGCAGCAGCAGCUGGCCAGCGAGGUGCUCCGUGUGCUCCACAAGGAGCCGGGCCACCUCUAUGUUUGCAGGGCUGUGUGCAUGGCCUGGGAUGUGGCCCGCACCCUGCAGCUGGUGGCUGCCAAGCUGAACUUGAAUGAGGAGCAAGUCGAGGACUAUUUCUUUCAGCUCAAGGUACAAUAGUGGGUGUAUGGGCUGAGGGUCCUGGCCAAGGGCACAGGCUAUUGGAGCCAGGACCAGGGGUGGCAGGUAGACCCAGGGGAGUCAGGCCCAGAAAAGUUCUGGACCCCAAGGGAAUCUUAGCAGUGGCUGGGAUCUGAGCUGGGUGGGCUGUCAGAAGGCCCCACUGCACAUCCUGGACUGGUUGGCAGCUUUGAGAAGUCAGGUGAAUGUGUUCCAUUUUUCCAUCUGUGGAAUGGGAGCAAGAGAGUCUACUUGCCCUCUCCCCAAACCCCCCUUUCAGAAAGUAUCUGUGUGGCCAAAGCAAGGCUGUGAACACAGGGGAGAGCAAGGCUGCCCCCCGUCAGCCUCGUGUGAACCUCACACUUCUUAUUUACACACAGGCUGGCGUCUGCUCACCCUCAUCCUCCCAGCAGGAAGGGCUUGCAUUUUAUUGAUGAAGAUAAUAGUGAUAUUUAUCAAGGGCUUACACUGGGCCAAGUGCUUGCCAAGGAUUCUCAUGUGACAUUUCUUUCAGUCCUGCCGAGGACUUUAUGAGGGAAGCACCCUGUUUUACAGAGGGAAGGGGGCCUAUGGGGUCUACAGCAGUGAGAGCCUAGAGUUCAGUCUGCAUCUCUCUGAUUCCAAAGCCUGUGACUGUGACUUGCAUACUCUCCCUAAGACACAUUCAUACAUUCAACUGAAUAUUUAUGGAGCACCUACUGUGUGCUAGGGAUAGAGCAGUAAAUGAAUCAGGCAAAAAUUAUUUACAUUCCACUGGGGCUGACAAACCCAAACAAGGAAGAGGUGUAGUGCUUCGGAGAAAAACAGCAGGAAAUAGCCCAGGGGAUGCUGGGGAGUGUAAUUUUAAAUAGGGUGGCCAGGGAAGGCGGAGCUGGAAGGCAGCAUCUGAGAAUAAACCUGAGAUGGUGAGGAGGAGCCCCGUGGAUACUGAAGGAAACACUCUGGGCUGUUCUGGAGAGGGCAGCAGAUACAAAGGCCCGGGGGUGGGAGUUAAGCUGGCGUGUUUGAAGAACAGUGAGGAGAUAACAGGCAUUUCCCCAAAUGGGUUAAAUGAGUCGGUAGAUGUUUGGCAUCCAAAAGGUUACAAGGUCGAAUAGCCUAGGACAUGCUUAGUUAAGCCAAGGCAAGCACGUUGCUUUACUACAAGACUUCUGGGGGCCUUCAACGUGCUGCUGUGCAUCGGGACCCUUCAAGGCUGGGAGGAAAGAAAGGAUGUAGCAUUUCCCAGAUGUGUUAAUCUGAAAGCUCACACUUCCUGGAGCAUCUUGGGUGGGGGAUGAGCACAGGGCAGGAAAUGGGAAUGCCAAGUAAAGCUUUGGAAAUGGUUAGAGGGCCUGCUCCAGAGCAGGUGCUGAGCGGGUUUAGGGUCUAAACCAGAUUCAAGCGCAAUCAAAGUAUAACAGUUGGGAAGACAGAUGGCUCAUGAAGGUCCAUGUGAUAGGGAAGCUGGGCAACCCUAGGGGCUCAUUCCAGCCUGGACUUGACACAUUGGUCUCUGUUUUUACCUAAAAGAGCCAGAAGCACUUCCAUGACGAUAUCUUUGGUGCUGUAUUUCCCUACGAGGCAAAGAAGGACAGGGCGGCGGUGCAGCCCAGCAGCCUGGAGAUGUCAGCGCUCUGAGGGCCCACAGGAGGGGUUAAAGCUGCCAGCACAGAACUUAACGAUGGAGCCAGCUCUGCAUUAUCCGAGGUCACAGGGCCUGGGGAGAUGGAGGAAAGUGAUAUCCUCCAGCCUCACGUCUUAUUUCUCACCUCGUUCCCCAUCAAGCCCUUUACUUGACCUCCUAUCAAGUAGCACCCUGGAUUGAUCGGAGCCUCCUCUCUCAAGCUGGGGCCUCCCUGGUCCCUUGGAGACGAAAUCUUCAAUGCCAGGCCUGGCAAGUGGGUGAAAGAUGGAACCCGCUGGUGAGUGCACCACUUCAAGUGACCACCAGGAAGUGCUGUCACACCACUGUGUAUUUAACUGCCACGGGUGAAAUUAUUCAUGCCUCUGUUUAAAAAACGAACACCCUAGUCUGUUCCUAAUGGCCCCUUGGGUCUUCUCUGUAUGAUUCCCUGAUGGAGAUAUUGACAUGAAUUGAAUUUUACUUUAAUCACA